AUGUUUGCCAGGAGCUUAUUGAGCUCGAGACUACAAGCAAAGGCCCUGUCUAGGGCUGCUGCCUCAAAAUGGACUGCUCGAGGAUUAGCUACUUCCAGUGCUGAGGCUACUGGUUAUGUCCGCUCGGUCAUUGGUGCUGUUGUAGACGUACAGUUCGACUCGGGUAACUUGCCCCCUAUCCUCAACGCUCUCGAGGUCCAAAACCACAACAUUCGUCUCGUAUUGGAGGUAUCUCAACAUUUGGGAGAAAACACUGUACGAACAAUCGCUAUGGAUGGUACCGAAGGUCUCGUCCGUGGUCAACCCGUAAUGGACAUGGGCGCCCCAAUCACAGUCCCAGUAGGCCCAGAAUGUCUUGGUCGCAUCAUGAACGUCAUUGGUGAACCAAUCGACGAACGUGGUCCCAUCAACGCCAAACACUCUCGUCCAAUCCACGCAGACCCUCCAGAAUUCGUAGACCAGUCCACAACCCCACAAAUGCUCGAAACCGGUAUCAAAGUAAUAGACUUGCUAGCCCCUUUCGCCAAAGGUGGUAAAAUUGGAUUAUUUGGUGGUGCCGGUGUAGGUAAAACCGUCUUGAUUACCGAAUUGAUCAACAAUGUCGCACAGGGUCAUGGUGGUUAUUCUAUUUUCUGUGGUGUCGGUGAACGUACUCGUGAGGGUAACGAUUUGUAUCAUGAGAUGAUGACUGCUGGUGUUAUUAAGCUGGAGGGUGGAAGUAAAGCUGCUCUGGUUUACGGACAAAUGAACGAACCCCCAGGUGCUCGUGCUCGUGUCGCUUUGACUGGAUUGACUGUUGCUGAAUACUUCAGAGAUGCCGAAGGACAAGAUGUGUUGCUCUUUAUUGACAACAUUUUCCGAUUCACUCAAGCUGGUUCUGAGGUGUCUGCCUUGUUGGGUCGUAUUCCAUCUGCUGUCGGUUACCAACCUACUUUGGCUACAGACAUGGGUCAAAUGCAGGAAAGAAUUACCACCACCAAGAAGGGUUCCAUUACAUCCGCCGUAUACGUACCAGCCGAUGACUUGACUGAUCCCGCUCCAGCCACCACUUUUGCUCACUUGGACGCCACAACUGUCUUGUCUCGUGGUAUUGCUGAAUUGGGUAUCUACCCAGCUGUCGACCCUCUCGAUUCAAAAUCACGUAUUCUCGACCCCCGUAUUGUCGGUGCUGAACACUACGAUAUCGCUACCAGUGUCCAAAAAGUCUUGCAAAACUACAAGUCUCUCCAAGAUAUUAUUGCCAUCUUGGGUAUGGAUGAAUUGUCUGAAGAAGAUAAAUUGACUGUUGAGCGUGCUCGUAAGAUCCAGAAAUUCAUGUCUCAACCCUUCACAACCGCUGAAGUCUUUACUGGUUACUCUGGUCGAUACGUCAAGCUCGCUGACACCAUCCGAUCAUUCAAGGAAAUCUUGGACGGAAAGCACGACUUUUUACCAGAAGCCGCUUUUUACAUGGUUGGUGACAUUGAAGAAGCUCACAAGAAGGCCGACGAAAUUGCCAAGUCUUUGAAGCAGUAA